AUGGCACAGAUUUUGGCACCAUCUACACAAUGGCAGAUGAGGAUCACCAAAGCCUCAACUGAUGCAAGUCCAAUGACUUCAAAGAUGUGGGGCUCACUAGUGAUGAAACAGAAUAAUAAGAAAGGAGCAAUGAAGAGCUCUACUAAGUUCAGAGUGUUUGCACUCAAGUCUGACAAUGGCACCAUCAACAGGCUUGAGGAUUUGCUAAAUCUUGAUGUCACUCCUUACACUGACAAGAUCAUUGCUGAAUAUAUUUGGAUUGGAGGGUCAGGGAUUGAUGUGCGUAGCAAAGCAAGGACAAUAUCAAAGCCUGUUGAACAUCCUUCUGAGCUUCCCAAGUGGAAUUUUGAUGGGUCAAGUACAGGACAAGCACCUGGUGAAGACAGUGAAGUAAUUAUAUACCCUCAAGCAGUUUUUAAGGACCCUUUCCGUGGUGGUAACAACAUCUUGGUAAUUUGUGAUUCAUACACGCCGGCCGGCGAGCCUAUCCCUACGAACAAACGCCACAGAGCCGCGGAGAUUUUCAGUAACAAGAAGGUUGUUAAUGAAGUUCCAUGGUUUGGGAUUGAACAAGAGUACACUUUGCUUCAGCCAAAUGUUAGAUGGCCCUUAGGUUGGCCUGUUGGAGCCUACCCUGGUCCUCAGGGCCCCUAUUAUUGUGGUGCCGGAGCGGAUAAAUCAUUUGGCCGUGACAUAUCAGAUGCUCACUACAAGGCUUGCUUAUAUGCUGGAAUUAAUAUUAGUGGCACCAAUGGAGAAGUUAUGCCUGGCCAGUGGGAGUAUCAAGUUGGUCCCAGCGUGGGAAUUGAUGCUGGAGAUCAUAUCUGGAUCUCAAGAUACAUUCUUGAGAGAAUCACUGAACAAGCUGGUGUUGUCUUGUCCCUGGAUCCAAAACCAAUUGAGGGUGACUGGAAUGGCGCAGGAUGUCACACCAAUUUCAGUACAAAGAGCAUGAGGGAAGAUGGAGGAUAUGAAGCUAUUAAGAAGGCAAUUUUGAAUCUCUCCCUCCGCCACAAAGAGCAUAUUAGUGCCUAUGGAGAAGGAAAUGAAAGAAGGUUGACAGGAAAGCAUGAAACAGCAAGCAUUGACACAUUUUCUUGGGGAGUGGCUAAUCGUGGUUGCUCGAUCCGUGUGGGGAGAGAAACCGAGAAGCAAGGAAAAGGUUACUUGGAAGAUAGGCGUCCAGCCUCGAACAUGGACCCCUACAUCGUGACCUCGCUGCUCGCGGAAACUACUCUACUGUGGGAGCCAACACUUGAGUCUGAAGCUCUUGCUGCUCAGAAGCUGGCUUUGAAUGUCUAGUUAAUUUGUUGAAAAUAAUCUGAUGGGCCCUCAAAAUUCUAUCAAUUGGGAUAAAUCUGCCCGACUGUUUUGAAGCUUUUUCUUCUCACUUUCUAGAUCCUUUAGGGAGUGUCCUUCUGUAAAUAAAGGUCUUGAAGUGAGCGGUUCUUCAUGUCCAAGUUUGUAAAAUGGUCUCUCAGAUUAGAGGAAUCUUGCAGAUUAGAGUGACUUCAUUAUUAAAUUUCCCACUUUAUGGCGAUUUUAUUGGCAUAUUUAAUCCAAUAUUCAGGACCCCAUUUAAGUUUUUUUUUUCUUCACUUUCUCAGUCCAUUUUUACUGUGUUUGCAUUUUAUGGCUAUUUUAGCAGUUGCCUAAAUUUGCACAUCAGACAAUUGUGACAAUUAAGUGACCAGGUGGUCCUGGUGUGAUAAGAAUGUCUUCCUAGAA